AAAUCUGGUUGCCAUGGAGACCGUGCUGUUGUCAAGGUGGCUGAUUGGCCGGCGCCGGAUGCAGGGACGCUUCCUUGGGCCCCCGGCGGGCGCAGCCCUCAGCCCGCACUGCGGAGCCAGGCGGCAGCAUGGACGGGGCUGGGGCAGACACGUGGGCCAGCACCUUCACCCUGGCCAUGGCCGAGAGGAAACCCCAGGAUGUCUGGGUUCUGCUACCUGAGCACAGCCUGGUCCCAGGACGCCUGGACGGCGGUGGCGUCCAGUACCUGCUGGUGGGGCUCUCGAGGCUCCAGUGCAGUCGCUGUCCGGGGACCUGGGACUCGGCCCACGUGCAUGUCCUUUUCCACCUGUGGUGGGACAGGGCCGGCCGCCGGGGGCUGGUGAAGAUGCGUGUCUGGGGCCAGCGGUGCAAGCUGUGCCCUGCGCCCGGGGACUGCCAGGUGAGGCCCCCAGGCGAGCGGCCCUUCCUUAGCAGGCUGGUCUUGCACAUCCUGCAGGACUGCUACGGGGAUGGCCUUGGCCCAAGCCGGCACCCUAGGGAGGCCUACGAGGGCUGCUGUGAGGCCUGCGAGCUGGGGGUCUGCUUCCUCCAGAAGACCCCAGACCCUGCCUGGAGCGCCAACACCAUGAAAGGCAACUUCCCUGCCACGGCCUGGGGUGGCACCGGCGCCGUCUCCAGGGGCAAACAGGUGCCCAUCUCCGGCGAUGACCUCGGCAAUGGUGGUGGUGUCAUCGCCAUCCCCUUCUCCCUUGUGCGCACCAGCAAUGACCAGGUGCCCAUCGCUGAGGGCCCUGCAAUCCCUGCCUCUCUCUCACAGGGGGCCUCUCUCCCUGUGACCGGCAGCCGUGGGGCUCCGGUCAUUGGCCAGGGCUCCAUCUACCUGUCUGGGGAUUCUGUGGCCAUGCCUGGGGGCAAAGGCUUCCCAGUGGCCAUUGGAGACCCCCUCUUCCAUGGCCCCGGCCUCCUCGGCAGCAGCAUCCAGACCUUCGAGCUCAAAGGUUUCCUCUUCAAAGGCCGGGGUUCCCUCUGCAGCCCCGUUGGCGUGGCCCAGGGCUGGGGCCCCGUCUCCCUCAACAAUGGCUUCGUCCCUGCGGGGAAACACACGCCAACCAUGUUCUACUGCGUCGGCCUCUCGGCCAGUGGGGAGGGCUCCCUCACCUUCCCCUCCUCCCUCACUGGCAUCUUCACCAACAUCUUCUCGGAGGCCACUGAUGGCCCUGUGGCCACUAAAGAGGCCUCCAUCACCCUCCCCUUCAUCUUUACUGAUGUCAAGGAUGCCGUUGCUGAGGUGGCUGAAGGCAACGAGAAGGAAGGAGGCGGCCAGGGCCUCAUCCCUGCGGGUCACGACCCCCUGACAGAGACCAACGCUGGCGGCCUCGCCUCCCAGGUCAAGGGCUCCCUUGCCCUCUCCUUCCCUGCUGAUGUCCAAGGCAAAGAUUCCUUUACUGACGUCUCUGAAGGCGAAGAGAAGGAAGGUGGCCUCGUCACCGCGGGUCAGGACGCCCCUCUGGAGGCCAAGGCUGAGGGCCCCGUCACUGUCAGUGAGGGCUCCAUCACCAUCCCCUUCUCAGUCUUCGAUGUCAUAAGGCACAAGGGCGGUGGCCACGUUGCCUACGGCCCCCAGGGCAAUGGCUGCGUCUCCCAAGGCUAUUACCAGAAGAGGCGGCUGAGGUCCAGGUUCCACAAGGCCCGCUGUGGGUGCCGCCGGGAGGAAGACGAGCGCCCUGGCUGCGCCUGCCGCAGGCCGCAUGCCGAGCCCUACGAGGACUUCUGGAUCUGGGUGUCCAUGACCGUGUGCGUCUUCUGGCUGAUGUGCAUGUGUCGGCUGAACCCCGGAAUCUACCCGCAGCAAGUGUGACGCCCCGAAGUUCAGGCAACCCUCGCCUCUGGGACCCCCGCCCCUGCUUUGAGACGCCCGCCCCACCUCCGAGGCCCCGCCCCACCUUUGAGACGCCCGCCCCACCUCCGAGGCCCCGCCCCCCGCCUCCGAGGCCCCGCCCCCCGCCUCCCAGGGAGACCCCACCCCUGCCUCUGAGACCCCCGCCUCCGAGGCCCCGCCCCACCACCUCCGAGGCCUCACCUUUGAGACGCCCACCCUGCCUCCGAGACCCCGCCCCUGCCAGCAGCCCGGCCCCUCCUGUCUCUUGCUCCUAGUGGUUUUGUGGGUCUGCCCUGAGCUGUUCCUGUGUGCUCCAGGCUCUUCCUAUGUGUGUAACUCCAAUAAAACCAAGCAAAGCC